ACCAUCUGCGAGCAAUUGUGGCGUCAACUCUUUCGCCUACUCUCUUCUUCAAACUCUUUGGGAAAUUCUCUCUCGGCAAAGAAACACAUUCAUUUGAUUUCCUCAUCCGUCCCCGAGUCUUUGAAGAAAUUACGCUCGAGAGUCCCACAAGAUUUUAUCGGUGGAAAUGCCAGAGAAAAUUAACGCGUUAGGCUCGCCACGGACAGUGUCAUCGAUCGGUGUAUUCUCUCGGAGGAAGAUCCAGGAACUAAUCUGAGAAUUUGGGUUUGAUUUGCUGCAAAAUAAUAAGAUGGCUAGCAAUGCUACAGUAGCAAGCUCAUGUCCAGCACCCAUGAAAGCAACGUCUAAUGGAGUGUUCCAGGGGGAUAAUCCUCUUCAUUAUGCACUCCCUCUUGCCAUCGUGCAGAUAUGUCUUGUGGUUGCACUCACACGUAUUCUCGCUGUUCUUUUAAGGCCACUCAGACAGCCUCGAGUGAUUGCAGAGAUCGUUGGUGGAAUAUUACUUGGCCCCUCAGCUCUAGGUCGCAACAAGGACUAUCUACAUGCAAUUUUUCCAUCUAGAAGCCUCACUGUGCUGGAUACUUUGGCCAAUCUGGGUCUCCUCUUCUUUUUAUUCCUCGUUGGCCUAGAGUUAGACCCACGGUCCCUCCGCCGAACUGGAAAGAAAGCUUUAAGCAUUGCUGUUGCAGGAAUUAGUCUUCCCUUUGUAUUAGGAAUUGGAACAUCUUUUGUCCUCCGUGGAACUAUUUCCAAAGGUGUAGAUGGACCCCCCUUUCUUGUAUUCAUGGGGGUUGCCCUUUCUAUUACUGCCUUUCCUGUCUUGGCCCGUAUUUUGGCCGAACUCAAGCUAUUGACCACUGAUGUUGGCCGAAUGGCCAUGUCUGCGGCAGCAGUCAAUGAUGUGGCUGCAUGGAUUCUACUUGCUCUCGCCAUUGCCCUCUCUGGCAAUGACCACUCCCCCUUGGUUUCAUUAUGGGUUUUCUUGUGUGGGUCUGGUUUUGUUCUCUGUUGUGUCUUCAUUGUGCCACCUGUCUUUAAAUGGAUGGUGCAGCGUUGCCCUGAGGGUGAGCCUGUGGAAGAGUUGUAUGUAUGUGCUACUCUAGCUGCAGUUUUGGCAGCCGGGUUUGCCACUGAUGCCAUUGGAAUUCAUGCUCUCUUUGGUGCAUUUGUGCUUGGAGUUCUUGUCCCAAAGGAAGGGCCAUUUGCUGGAGCUCUUGUGGAAAAACUUGAGGAUCUUGUAACUAGUCUUUUGCUUCCAUUGUACUUCGUUUCAAGCGGAUUGAAAACCAAUAUAGCCACAAUUCAAGGGGCCCAGUCAUGGGGUCUCCUUGUUUUAGUCAUUUGUACAGCCUGUAUCGGGAAGAUUGUUGGUACAGUGGUAGUCUCCCUCCUUUGCAGAAUGCCUAUCGAGGAGGCUUUGGCGAUGGGGUUCCUAAUGAAUACUAAAGGUCUGGUGGAGCUCAUCGUCCUCAACAUUGGGAAAGACAGAAAGGUAUUGAAUGAUCAAACAUUUGCCAUCAUGGUUCUGAUGGCUAUCUUCACAACCUUUAUUACAACACCUUUAGUUAUGUCAGUAUACAAACCAGCUAAAAGAUUGAGUAAAGCUAACUACAAGUACAGAACAAUUGAGAGGAAGGACCCCAAUACUCAACUUCGAGUUUUGGCCUGUUUCCACACUACAAGAAACAUCCCCACAAUGAUUAAUCUCAUUGAGGCUACACGUGGGACUGCAAAGAAGGAGGGACUUUGCAUCUAUGCGUUGCACCUCAUGGAGCUAACUGAAAGGCCAUCUGCAAUUUUGAUGGUCCACAAGGCAAGAAAGAAUGGGCUACCGUUUUGGAAUAAGGGGCGCGGAUCAGAAAGCGAUCGAGUUGUUGUUGCUUUUGAGGCCUUCCAACAGCUAAGCCAUGUUUCCAUUCGCCCAAUGACAGCAAUUUCACCUAUGGCUAACAUGCACGAGGACAUAUGCACAAGUGCAGUGAGGAAAAGGGCAGCAAUGAUAAUUCUACCCUUUCACAAGAACCAGAGUUUUAAUGGAGCACUAGAGAACACUCGAACUGAAUUCCGUUCUGUAAACAGAAGGGUUCUUGAGCAUGCACCAUGCUCUGUGGGGAUCUUGGUGGACCGUGGGCUUGGUGGAAGCAUUCAUAUUUCUGCAAGUAACGUUUCUUCAACCUUAACUGUCUUAUUCUUUGGAGGCAUUGACGAUCGUGAAGCACUUGCUUAUGGUGCUCGAAUGGCGGAGCAUCCUGGUAAUACUCUGACAGUUGUUCACUUCAGACCAAGCCCUGAGCUUGCAGAGGAGGUUACUGCAGUUAAUAUCAGUGACGACUCCAACAGUUUAUUAGGAUCAGGUGAUGAAAAACUUAUUUCCGAAUUCAAGCAGAAGAUUUUGAGUGACACCUCAAUCAAAUUUGAAGAGAGGAUCAUUAGAAAUGCUGCAGAAACAAUUGAUGCUAUUCAAGAAUUUAGUCGAUGCAAUCUGUUUUUGGUUGGUCGAAUGCCUGAGGGUGAAGUAGCAGCAAGUUUGAAUGUGAAGUGUGACUGCGCAGAACUGGGGCCGGCAGGCAGCUUGUUGACUUCUCCGGAUUUCUCAACAUCGGCAUCAGUCUUGGUGGUGCAGCAGUAUCAUAGCCUGAGAGUUCCAAAUUCAGUUUCUUCAAGAAGGGUAGUAGUGUUGCCUGAGGAAGUUUCCUCUGUGUUGCCCGAGGAAGAUUUAGAAUCUAAGUGAUUGGUUUUCUUGUGAAUUUCAUGUGUACAGAAAACAAAUAAUGAUGAGAAAUUCACCAGAAUUUUUCAAUCCCG